CACAUCAAUGUCGUUUUGAACAUUUUCUUACAGAACAAGUUAACCUCCAACGAACCCGCUUCAUAUUCUCCUCAUUUCUUGGAACUCCUGUCUCCGUCGAGACAAAGAGAAUGAAACCCCAAAAAACCCAAUAAAAAACCAAAUGAACACCUACAGAAAAGAGCGGAAAUUCAAGAGACUGCCGGAGCCACCGGCGCCGCCGCCAAAGGAUGAGCUUGGCAGUUACAAUUACAAGAUGUUCAACAUUUUCAACAGAAAAUUCAAGAUUACAGAGGCGGAGCCGCCUGAUGACGUAAAAUCCGUGUUCAUUAAGUUUUCCUCCGGUGACCGGCAUAUGAGCUCCGAUCAGUUCAGAAGAUUCUUGGUUUUACAUCAAGAUAUGAUGGAUUGUACGUUGGCUGAUGCUCAAAGGAUUAUGGUUGAUGUGAUUAAUAAGAGACAUCAUAUUACUAAGUAUGCAAGAAAUGGUCUUAAUCUUGAUGAUUUUUUUCAUUUCUUGCUUUUUGAUGAUAUUAAUGGGCCCAUUCUUCCCCAGGUACAUCAUGAUAUGACAGCUCCAUUGGCACACUAUUUCAUAUAUACAGGACAUAAUUCUUACCUGACCGGGAAUCAAUUGAGCAGUGAUUGUAGUGAGGUGCCGAUCAUAAAGGCUUUACAAAGAGGCGUAAGAGUGAUUGAACUAGAUUUAUGGCCAGGUUCUACAAAAGACGAGAUUCUUGUUCUUCAUGGGAGGACCUUGACCACGCCAGUGCCGCUCAUCAAAUGUCUUAAGUCGAUAAGAGACUAUGCUUUUGUCAAUUCUCCGUAUCCAGUCAUCAUAACUUUAGAAGACCACCUCAUGGCAGAACAACAAGCAAAAGUUGCAGAGAUGCUUACGCAAAUAUUUGGAGAAAUGUUGUAUUAUCCUGAAUCAGAUGGUUUAGUACAAUUCCUUUCACCAGAAUCAUUAAAACAUAGAGUUAUGAUUUCAACAAAACCGCCAAAAGAAUACCUUGAAUCCAGUGGUAUUAAUAGUAUCAGGAUGAAGGAAACUCGCUCACCAAAUGCAAGGAAUUCAUCUGACGAAGAAGAAGAACUUCCUGAACCAGAAGGUACUGCUGAUUGUAGGAGUGAUAGUGAUCCAGACGAUGAAGAGUGUGAAAUCAAAUCAAGAAAUGUCGGAUACAAACGUUUAAUUACAAUCCAUGCUGGGAAGCCAAAGGGCGCCUUAAAAGACGCAAUCAAUGUUGCAGCUAAUCAAGUUAGACGCCUUAGUUUGAGCGAACAAGAGCUUGAGAAGGCUGCAGCGACUAAUGGAAUGGAUCUAGUGAGAUUUACGCAAGAGAAUAUCUUGAGAGUUUAUCCUAAAGGUACACGAAUAACAUCCUCGAAUUACAAGCCUCUCAAUGGGUGGAUGCAUGGAGCUCAAAUGAUUGCAUUCAAUAUGCAGGGAUAUGGAAAAUCACUUUGGUUGAUGCACGGGAUGUUUAGGGCUAAUGGAGGGUGUGGUUACUUGAAAAAACCCGACUUUCUCAUGCAGAAAGACCACGACUUGUUCAAUCCUAAGAAAACUUUAUCCGUUAUUAAGACAUUGAAGGUGAAAGUAUAUUUAGGUGAUGGAUGGCGAUUGGACUUUAGCCACACUUACUUUGAUUCAUACUCCCCACCAGAUUUCUAUACAAAGCUUUACAUCGUUGGGGCACCGGCCGAUGCUGCCAUGAGAAAAACGAAAGUAAUCGAGGAUAAUUGGGUUCCUGCUUGGAACGAAGAGUUCGAGUUCCCCUUGACAAUUCCUGAGCUAGCUUUGCUUAGAGUUGAAGUACUAGAAUAUGACAGGUCAGAAAAGGAUGACUUCGGCGGUCAAACAUGUUUGCCUGUGUCGGAACUAAGACCAGGGAUUCGAGCGGUCCCUCUUCACGAUAAAAAAGGCGAGAAGCUCAACAAUGCAAGGCUUCUAGUGAAGUUCGAGUUUUUAUAAAACGCGUCGUUGUGCGUGCUUGUAGAGUAAUAUUAUACACAGCAAUACACUAGUCUUUGUACUUGCAACAUUGACUGGUUUUGCUCUAGAUUAGGUGAUUGACAUAAAUUUGAUGUAUAAAUGAGGCAUUGUAAGUAAUAGUUGUAAAUGAGCUUUUUUUUUUAUGGAACUGACCAGGUUCGGACCCGACCAAUCGAACUUCAGAAUUUUAAAGAUAAUUUUAAGUCCGGCUCAAAUUCGUAACAA